AUGUCAGCUCACGCAACACGAACUGUCAACGCAUCGCCUGAGCAAGUGGCACAUGAAGUGUGGGAGACGUUUCGACAGGCACAGCCCUUACCAGCUCGCUCUCUGUUGGAGCAACACCCUGGGGAACCAUGUCGCGGAACGUCCGUCGUGACGCGCGCGCUUUGGCGGUACCUGGUGGAUGCCACCAUGCAACCUUCAGCUGUGACGCAGGUGCAGCCAAUUCCAUUGGUAGCAGGUAUACCUCGACCGGCGACAAGGAUGACGCUGACGGACGCAUUCACUUUGAUGCAGACCGAGGCAGAGAGGGUGAUUGCGGGAUUUGAGGAAAGUGCAGCAGCAGGAACCCUAGUCGAGAUGCAAGAGCUGGCCCAGACCGGAGCAGCGCAAGGACAACAGGCAGGAACGACGUUGCGGCACCAAAUUCAGCGAAUCCAGGGGCUCAAUAUCUUCCGAGGGGUCCUUGACAGCGUUCCACCAGGGACACGCACAAGCACAGCGACCUUCCGCGACAUUGCGAGAAGCUUGCGCUUCCUUGCGAAUGACUGCAGAAGUAGACGCUCCUUGUACUUGCGAGACAGUGAACAACACGGUUGCAUACCUCUUCAAGAACUCUCUCAAUUCGUCUUUCCCUCACAACGCAUUCGAACGAGUGCGCCAUUGCCAGGCAGCAUCUUGCGAAUGCUCUACUUGCGGGGUGCAUUGGCGAUUGAAGAGGACUUGCCAAACAGGCCAGUGGCAGAACGACAGAGUAUGCAACGGUUGAUCCACUUGGCGCAGCUCUACUUUCAACGCUUCUGUGAGAUGACCUUGCACACUACGCCUGGCGGGACCAUGCUAGGUAGGGCACGGGCUGUCUCGCGUACGGCAAACGAACACCACCUUCAGCUCCUGCAACAUGGCUCUGUGAUGACCGCAGCGUUUCUCGGCAUUACGUCCACGGAUGGAUGUAUCGGCUUGCAUGAGUAUGUGCUGUCGCAGCAGGUGUACCAAGGCGCAUUCUUGAUGGAUAUUCUCAUGAUGUUCUUUGGCUUUGAUGCUGAAGACGCUCUGAGGCAUAUCAAGUUCAAGAUUCAACGGGACCCUGCUGACUUGCAAUGGUACGUGAGUACAAUGCUGAGAGUCCACUGCCCUCUGUUGUGUUGGUUGUUUGUGCAGCUAGGACUCAGCUCCAAUCAUCCGCGAGCUUGGACCAUGUCGCCGGAGGACACCCAACGCUACAUCUUGGCAACUCCCGAUUGCGCAGCAGCCUUUGCGCUGUUUGCCUUGUACGGUGAUGGUUCCAUUGAAGCGGAUGGCCUGAUGAGUUGGUACUCUGCUAACCUUGAGGAAUUGAUGGCCAUUCGUUCUGCGCUUGAGUUGAUGGUCCCAGAUCUUCAUGUGCGGCAGCCACGACUGAGACCUCAGCGUGGGGCACAUCGUCGAACGGAGUGGAUUCUGUCUCUGCAGAAUCGAGCAGCUGUUACUAGAAUGCAGCAAGUAGGUGCAAACCUGCCACGCCAUUCGAAGUACGUGCAAAUCUGCAGAAUGCUUGGUCUCGACGAUCCAAGGCCAUGGAUUACAGAUCCCCCUGACGACGAUGAGACUGAUGACGGCGACUAUGAUGACGGCGACCCUGAUGACGACGUGCAGCCGGUUGCUGCUGCUGCAGUUGUUGGUGUUGAUGACAACGUUGUUGAUGAUGGUGACGAGGUGGAAGAAGAGGGCCCAGAUGAAGAAGCCAGACAGCUUGAGGAGCUCAACCUGCGCAUCUUGGGUGAGCUAGGUCAAGCGGAGGAGGGUCCUGGCCUCACUUGUCCUUUUGCUGGGUCGUGCACUGCGUCAUGGCGCAUCGAUCAACGUGCUGCGGCAGUCAAGCAUGUGAGGAACAUCCAACGCAGACAUGACUAG